CUUCCAUUAAUUGACAUGCAACUUUUUGUAAUUUGGACUUUGGUCAUUUGGAUAUUUAAACCAUUUCCUCAAAUAUUUGCUAAUGAACAAAUCACUAACAAGUUAGCUUCUUAUCAAGACGGCAAUCUUCCAGCGCUCCACCGAUCUCAUCGUGAUGCACCAGCGAACAAGCUCUCCGAAAUCAUCGAGAACAUGCAAUCACUUGCUCGUCUCACCAACGGAAUAUCACUGGAAAUUGGACUUAUCGAUGGAUCGAUUCCUUCUGAUGAUGCAAUUGCUGAGCUACUCCACAUGGGACCUGUCAAGCUGCAAGAGCUCAUUUCAAUGGAUACAGAUGCUGCCAGCAAAGCUAUCACUGAUCUUGGAACUCUGUCUGAGACACUUCAAAGCUCUCCUGCUGAAGUUACUACUCUUGAGAACCGGUUAGUUAUCCUUGAAGAUAUUCGGAAAACUACGUCUAUCCUGAAUAUGUUUCAAGAGGAGUUACCUGGGAGGAAGGAAUAUGAGGCUGAACUGAAACGGCUACCAGAACUUAAUAACACAUCAAUAAUCAUUUCUGAAAUGAUUAAAAAUGUAAAAGCUGUAGAAGUGGAAUGUACCCGUUUUGAUGACUUUCAAAAAGGGGAUACAAUAGAUUCAAUAACAGCUAACUUUCCUAGACUUUAUCGUGAUUUUAAUAAGACGGAAAAUUAUGCAAUCAGUUUUGAAAAUGUACUAAGCUCGUUAAAAUUGCUCGAUUCCAUCAAGAACAUGUCAUUGUUCCUUGAACCGGUGUACCAGGAAAGUGCUUUCCGCAAGGAACUGAACUUAUCGACACUUACAUCAGUGAUCUAUCAAGCUUUGAAUCAGUUCAGUGAACAAUUACAAACAAUUCGGAAAUAUGUUUCAAACACUAAAGCAUCCGAAUCUGAUUUGAAAUAUAUUCAACGACUGAUCAAUAGCCUAAAUUCCAAAAACGUCGUCACCUUCUCUGCAGGAUUUCCUAAAGGACCUAAGGAUUUAGAAAUACUUUCUCAAUCAAUAGAUAAUAAAUGGAUUGUUGAACACGGAAUAAAUAGUUCUAUUGUCGGAAAUCACUUAAGUAAAGCUUUCGGGGUUCUUGAUGAACUGCAAAGAAAAUUGACGUCAGCUGAAGGAGCUUGGACUUCUACAUCAAGUUCUAAUGAAAAAUCGAUUGCAUCUAUCCUUUUCUUGCAAGCGGAUACGGCUUCUCUUCCAGAAGAAACUGAUGUUUCUGGUACCAUUGACCUUCUGAAAAACUGCGAUAUAGAUCGUCGUUCGGCAUCAAUUCAUGUUGAACAAUUUAGUUCUACCACUGCGGCUAUCAAAAACUUGAAUGAAGACAUUUCCAAAGUUCUGACAUAUGAUUUGCGGUUAUUUGACUAUGUCGAAAAACUUAAAGAUCUCAGUUCUUUGAAAAACAUCGUUGAGACAACCACUGAUGAUGUACAAGGAAAAGCUGCCAUUGAAAAAAUGAAAGCUAAUCCAAAGUUUGAGGAGGUAAAGACUAUAUUAGUUACUUUUCAACAAGAUUUGGGCAGUCUCAGACAGUUAAUUGACGGAAUUCAUUCAUUGGCUGGCAAAAUCAAUUUUUCCCUGAUUGAUGAAUAUUAUAAGGAGAUUAAUGAACCUCUUUACGAAAAGUUUUACGUUUGUCUAGGCAACAUCACUAACAAAUGGCCAAUCGUUCAAAAAGCUGUAUCAGUUGUUCAUCAGGUUCGAAACUUGACUCAACAAACAGUGAGUAGCGCUGGUAAAGUUGUCGAAAGUAUCUCAAACUCCAAACUCAACCUCAAAAGCUUGUAAGUCUCCGGCAAUCGAAUGAGGAAUGUAACAAUUCGAGAAGCUCUGGCUCUCAAUAGUUCAUUCCCAAAUUCGCAUAAGAAUGCACUCAAUCUUGGAAUGGCAGUUCAAGGAUUGUCACGAAUCAAGUCACUUCUUGACAAUCGGGAAACGUUGGAGGAGGUUGGGAAUCAAGUUGAUGCUAUCAGUGAAGAUGCAAAAAGAGUUAAGUCGUUGACUGAGGAACAUCGGAAAGGGCUCAAAGAUCUGAAAGAUCUUUCAACAUCCAUUGAGACCAUGUUCAAGGAAGUGGAAACAUUCAUCAGUUCAGUCAAUGGUUUGAGUGGAACUCGGAGAAAGAGGAACGCAGUCAGUUUUGCCAGUGCUGGACAAGUCUUCGUUGAAGCUGCAAAGCUUGUUGGAAUUCCGAGUGUUGGUGAUGUGUCUGCAUUGAAGGCCGCGGUUGAAGCAGUGAAUCCGACAAAGUUCUCAAAAGUGAUUGAUGCAUUGGAUGUUCUGGCAAAGAUGGAUCUCAACUUCAAGAAGUACAAUUUCCAGUCAGCACCUGCUUCAUUGCAAGCUCUAGACCUUUUUUCGUUAAUUACCCAUUACAUGCUCGUCCUCCACCGACACCUGCUCCGAUUACGCCACCAAAAUCACAGUCUCCACCAGCAUUGCCUUCGCCUUCACCGUCUCCCCACGGAGCUUCUGGAGCCGCUCAUGCACCAGUAACCGAAUCUCCUAUCAAAAGCACCAGUACCGCGUCUAAUGCAGCUACAGAGGCUUCUAAUAUGGUUUGGUAUAUCAUAGGAGGUGUCGUUAUCUUAUUGCUGGUCAUUGUUGGAAUUGCUGUGUUUUUGAUCAUGCGGAAGAAAUCGAAGCCUUCGAGUUCGGAAGUGCCCCCGGCGGAACCUUCAGCCCCUGAACCUAAACCAGCUCCUAAACCAGAUCCUAAGCCAGAUCCCAAACCAGAUCCUAAACCCGAUCCAGUUCCUGCCAAACCAGUUUCACCUCCUGUCAUUGUUCCAAUCGAUUCCAUCGUUCCUGCCCCUGUUGUAGAAGAUAAAUCCCGGACUGUCGAGCAACCUCAAGCAUCUCUGUUGUGUGAAACUCAAGAUAGUUGUCGAGAUGAUUUCGCGUCAGCUCUUGCCGAUCAUUCGGUAAAAGCGAUCCAGUAUCAGAUGAAAGAGAACAAGACGUUGCUGCAAGAAUGGCUUAAAUCUGUGUACCGGGCACUCCGCACAAUCGGAGAAACGAGUGUCACAAACUAUGAUGACAACAUUUCCGAGAGAAGACACUCGAUGUACAUUUGUGAGCCGAGCACAAUGGCAGUUUUGGAAGGGUUCAAAAACCCAUUUAUCAAUGCAAAUGUGAUGAUGUUCGGGAAAAUCGAGUGGAUCAUGGCACAGGGUCCAAUGGAUGGUACUGAAAAGAAGAAAGACGAGACGGAUAAACCGAAGAGAUCGACCUGUGAGAAGCAUUGGGCUCUUAUUGAACAGCACAACGUGGCGAUUUGUGUUCAGUUGUGCGGUUUUGUGGAAGGAGAAGAUAAGAAAUGCGCCUCAUACUACUCUGAUAAAGUUGGAGGUGUCUUGAGAUUUAGGAAUUAUUCGUUGAAGACCAUCGAUAUAAAGACUGAUUUGGCCGAGUUCACUGAUAAAAAGGAUUUCACGUUGUACACUGUGGAGAUCACCAAUUAUAGGAAGAAUAAGGGCGAACAAAAGAAAACUGUCGACAUUCUGCUCUACUCUGCAUGGCCUGAACACGGAGCACCACAAGAAGCGUACCCGGCUCUGGAAAUCCUGAAAUUCUGUGAGACCUAUAAGAAGAAUGUGCUCGUGCACUGCUCGGAGGGAGUUGGGAGAACUGGAACGCUGGUUGCUAUCAAAUAUGGAAUUGAUUUGUGUCUGAAGAAGAAAGUCACUCAGAUUAUUGACAUCAUUCUCCCUGUCCGCCAAUGCCGUCACGGAGCCGUUCAAGACGACACCCAAGUGACAUACAUUCUGCUUUGCGUGACUAAAGGAUUAAUGGAGAAGAUGCCGGUGCCAUAUCUGAGAAGUUUCGAUGCUGUACAGUAUUAUCACAAACAGCUGCUCAACAAUUUCUAUCAUCCAACGGAAAAAGAACUCGAUGCAAAAGAUGGUAAAGGUUUUAAUGAAGAGGCGAAAGAGGCAAAGAUUUUAUUGGAUCUGGGAAUGGUGAAGAAAUAUUGUGAUGAAAAGUAUGAAGAGUAUCAGGCGAAGUUGCCAGAAGUUUUGAAGAGUGAGAAGAUGAAGUCAAAGAAGGAGAGAAAUUGAAC